UGGAAAUUUGAUUUGUAGUGAGAGAAGAAAGCAAAGAGUGAUGUCGACCAGUGACAGAGGCGAAGACCAAUUGAAGAAGCAACAGCUUAACAAAAGCCCUAAAGAUGGCGAACGGAUCAUCGCCUCGACCCGUCGACCCGACGGAACACUCCGAAAAGAAAUCCGAAUUCGACCCGGUUACGUUCCUCCAGAUGAAGUCGCUAUCUAUCAACCAAAACCCGCACUCAUGAGAAAAGAAAUGGCUUCGCAUAUUGGUCCUCCUCCGGGUUAUGAUCCGCAAUUGGAUUCCAAACCGAAAACCAAAGCUGUUAAGAGAAACGAAAGAAAGAAAGAAAAGAAACGCCUUCAGGUAAAGGAAACUAAUUUAGAAUCAACUGUAGUUGAAGAUAGUAUAAAGCAAGAAGCGGUAGUUGUGGAAAAUGCUGUCCAUUCAUUAGCUUCUCAGAUCAAUGAACUAGCUGUUUCUGGAGAUAGCUCUGUUGUUACUCCUACCAUCAACUCUGUGGAAGCUUCGGAGCCAAAUGGCUCGGCUCAAGAUUUAGACAAAAGAAUCCGAGCAUUGAAAAAGAAGAUUCGACUUACAGAAGCACUGCAGGAGAAAACUGCAGAGCAAGAUUUAAAGCCAGAGCAGUUAGAGAAGCUGGCAAAAUUAGAAGAUUGGCGUAAGGAGCUAAAACAAUUGGAGAAUAAAAAGACCGAAGUAUUGGUCGUGUGAACAGUGUUAAAAUUAGGAUGAUAAGAAUUUGUAGUUCUUCGUGUUUUUUGGUUAGAUAAAAACUCUAAAUCAGUAAAUCUAUCAAGGAUUUUAUUUUUA